AUGGUGGCCGUAGUAGCCCUAAAUAAUGCUAACAUAACGGCCGCCAUGAUCAAUGCACCAGAUAGUACUCUACCACCAGCAUUACCGGGUGGAGCUACUAGCGCCACAGUUAUUCCAGCACAUAAUCAACAACAAAUAAUUUUUAGUACUUUGACUCAAGGAUCCGAUUCAGUUAGAGAUUACUAUAGAAAGAUAGAUAAAUAUGCUAGCUGGGCCCAAAUAUCUGAUCGUGAAAAAAGAAUACAAUUUAUACGUAGCUUGUCUCCCGAAAACAAGUUAGAAUUGAAGCGAUUAGGUUUAAACAGAUCUUUGAAUGAUGAUUUGAUUAAAACCUUGAAACAGAUUGAAAUAGAAAAGAAUGACAUGCUUUUGGGUAAAGAUAUUUAUAACCAGCCAGCUACUAAGACAAAACCAAAAGCACCUUCUUAUCAGGGUAUUACCACAGAAGAUGUUGAUAGAAUUGAAAAUAUUACUAAAGCUGAUUUACAAGCCAUAGCUAAAUCCUUGCAAGAGACUAUUAACUUACUAAGAAAAAAACCAUAUAUACACCCUGCCGAUGAAAAUAAUCAUGAUUCUGUAGAUGAUAUUUCAGAUAGUUUAGCAGGAUUAACAUUAAAUAGUGAAACUAUUCGUAAAAUCCUCCAAAAUGAACUUAAACUAAUUUUUCCUGAUCAUUUCUUUCAAAACUCUAUUAAAGCCAAUAUACCAAAUCAAGCGUCUCUAUUCCAGGAAAAGAUAAAAUCUCAAAGCAAUACUUCUCCAAUUGCCGAGAUCGAAAAUUCUCACCUUCGAGGUUUAGUGUUAAAGAAAGAUAAUGAAGCGGUCCCAGAAAGAUCAGCUGAGCAUGUGCCUUCUCUUAUGAGCAAUACAAAAGAAAAAAAGACAACUACUCCUACUAUUGCGGGUUCCUUAAUGAUGCCAAUGAUAAUAUAUUCCAUACUUCUAAUUGCAAUUAUAUGGAUUGUAGUUGGGAAAAAAAUAUGGAAAAAAAAUAACCAAUAUAUUCAGACUAGCGAUUUACAUCUCCGGACAUAUCCGUGGCCAGACUAUGUGAUUGGAGGACUGAGGCCGAAAGAGGUUACCUUGUGA